GAAAAGAAAACAAGAAAAUGAAGCAGCACUGAUGAUGUAAAACACAUAUUUUAAAAAUAUAAUUACAGCGCACAUUACUGACUUACUAUAUCACUAUAUUAGUAGAGAACUUCAGCUUAUAGUACAUCAGGGUACACAAGGCAGUGUAUUGCUUCUAAGAAUGCAUUAACCAAUUCUAUUUUGACAACUGAAUCAGGCAAAGAAUUCCACUGCUGAAUUGCCAUGGGAAACUACCUGAAGCAGUCACAAAUGUUGCGUUAUUAUUCAAUAAAACUAAAUUCUGCUUGUGAAAACAUUUCCACUCCUGGUUUCCAAACCUUCCAUUGGAAGGAUUCCGAUGGUGAGAAGAUGCAAAAGGGUACUUGCUUCGGGCGAGUUUCUAUGCACAAGUUUCCAAAGCAGGUGAAGCUGACAACAGCAAAGUUGCUGAAGAAAUCGCCGUGGUCUAAAAACGAUGUGUUGCUUAUCAGUAUCUUAUGUUCCAAGUUUGCUGCUGAUUCUGCGCUGCAUCUAAAGGUAAAUCAUUGUUGGUAGAGUGUGUGUGUAUUCCUAAAACAAAAUGUGUGUUUGAAGGGUCUCUGUUAUGCGAGGCUUAACUGUGUCUGGCCUUUUGGCCUGCUUGAGGGAAGCCCUUUUCACGACAAGCACACCGAUGAUCAGGUGGCAAUUCUAACGCAGCUUAUCCUGUGGUGAGGACGUCUGCAGCCUGAGCUGGAACCCCCGUCAGAAAGAACUUGUUUACUGCAAUGCCCAGGGCCAGUUAGGCCUCGUCGAGGGCAUCGAGAGUGGCAGUAGCAAAGAGCAAGUGCCACCUCCGGUAACCAAGGCAAUGCCAGAAGAAAGAGUGGACGGCGAGGAUGACGGCAUAGACCUGGGCCAGAUCAAGGCAACCUAUGAGCCACUCAUCUUUGGAGACUCGGAUGCUGAAGAAGAAGACACAGCUGUUGUGCCAAGUGCAGGGCACACAGCACCCGUGCAGCCAGAGUACCGCCCCCGUCUGGUGCAGGACGCCUUCCAGCCUGGCUCCACACCCGUCCACCUCCAGCACCGCUUCAUGGUGUGGAAUUCCGUGGGCAUGGUCCGAGCGCACAACACGGCCGAGGAGAGCAGCAUUGACGUGGAGUUCCACGACACCUCAGUGCACCACGCGCUACACCGUGGCAACACCCAGGGCCAUACCAUGGCAGCACUGAGUGAGAAGGCCCUUGUGUUGGCUGGGCCCCAGCAGCUGGAGUGCUUGCAUCUUGGUUCCUGGGAUGCCAACAAGGAGUGGGCCGUUGACACGCUCUCCGACGGCAUCCAG